AUGGAGGUCACGAGGACAGCCUCGACCUCCCAAGGGAUACCCGCUGCGGCUGCAGCUUCAGCUCCCCCGCCCGAGCAUUACGGUCAGGAUGAGCCGCAAAGCCGCGCAUCAUCAGCCAAACGCCGCAGAACUGAUAUCGUCGCUCCGUCAUCCCCCACAAAAGCCAAACGUCAAUAUCAGCGGCCCUCAGGACCCGGACGAUUCGUAGACAAGGAGCAAGAUGCGCGGCGUCAAGCUUCUCUUCUCUCUUUUGCUGAAGCCCGUGCAAAGGCAUCCUCGACCUACUGCGCACCACCUCCCGCAGAUGAUGACUUUCAGUAUCCUCCCAGCUUCUCAGGUGACGCAAGUGCACGAGGCCUGCUGGAACAGAUCAAGAAUCGUAUGGAGCAACGUGCACCCAAGCCUAGCAACUUUCUCCAAAAGGCCAAGCAAGUGCAACAAUCUCUGCUCGACAAGCAACAGCAGUCUGCGGAACUGCAGAGAGCGCGCAGUGAAGCCGACAGAAGAGAAGCCCUCAGGAGCGAAGGCUUCGUCAACAGUCAACACAGAGCCAAGGCCAAGUCCGGUGCUUUGCAGGGAGCUUUCUCGAGGGCAAAGGACUGUGCUGCUGGAUUAGACGACGACGAGGUCGAAUCGCAAGGCGAAGAGGACGACUUUGAGGAGGACAAUGCUGAGAGUGAUCUCGUGCAUCGGGAUGACGACCUGGCUCUCGUCGAGCGGAUGCGGCCCGGACCUCGAGCUAUUCCGCCGAACCCAGACGAUCCCAAAUGGGAAUUAAUGGAACCAUUCUCAGGACAUCGUCUGCGAGAGCGCAAGCUUCCCCAUUCGGAGCUCAAAGAGCACCUUCGCGGACGCUAUCACGUCCCGCCUUCCCUUCUCUACUCAAUAGCACGUCCGCUCGCGAUGAGCCUGGAUGGUAUCGCUCCCAACACGAUCCGCAACGGCGACUACGAAGUGCCCCUCGACAGUGACUGGAUCGUCAUUGCGACUAUUGUGGAGAAGAGCGAGCUGCUGGUCACCAAAGGCUUUCGUAUCGACGCUUCUACUUCCCCAGGGAAGCCAGCUUCGAACGCCGCUGCAUCGUCCGCGUCUGCACUUGACGAAGAUCCAGUGCUCUUCAAAGAUGCAGGUUCGGAUGGCAACGGAAAGCUUCGCCUCGAUCUAGAGCCAGGCAGCUCGGAUGCCUUCCAGGACGCCUCCAAAGGCAGAUCACGAGCAUGGAAUAAGUCUGGAGCCCAAGACAUUGAUGAAGAGCACGAGCGUUUAAAGCAUCAGGGCAAUCUGGCAAACCGUUCCCGCAAAUUUGUCAUUCUCAAACUCGUCGAUCUUGGCGUCAACAGCACUCAAGGCGAUGGCUCUGGCUCGGCAGGCCGAGGUGACAACUACCUUUCUCUCAUCGCAUACGAGUCCGAUCAGGUGGAUACCUCGAUCGUCCCUCGUAACAACAAAGUCCGUUCCGAGGUAGCCGAGACCCUGUCCGCCGCCUCUGCUGGUACCAAAAAAUGGAUCAACGGUUCUCGCGGAGCCUUUGAGAUGCUCUACAAGCAGGCCGAGGGCACACUCGUUGCCAUUAUGAAUCCCAAGGUGCUCCGACCGUGGGCUCCUGCGGGGAGCAGAAGCAAAUCGUUAGAGACAAAGAUGUUGCGCAUUACGCCGAGAUCUGCCGAGGACUGCUUGGUAAUCGGACAAGCUGCCGACUACCGAAGGUGCUCUGCGAUGAAGGCCAAUGGUCAGAGAUGUAGCAACUUUGUGGAUACAAAAGCGCGGAAGCAAACUCGGACCACGACGUGCGACUUCCACUUAAGUCGUCAUAUGGACGAGCUUGCCAGAGGUCGACCCGAGUUUGCCGCCAACUCGACUUCUCGCUUCGGUGGUGCUGGUGGUGGCGGCGCGUCUGGCGCCAAAGCAACAGCUUCCAGCUCCUUUCCAGGUCGUAGAGGUGGAAGCUACGCCGGAGAAGAGUCUGCGAUCAACAACAUCACCUCAACUUACAAGACCGCAGAGGGUAGCAAUCCAUUUUCGCGCGCCGCGCUUGCAAAGAAGCUAAACUCCUCCUUUGGCAACGUCGGCGAUGGCAUGGAGAACAACGGUGGGCAGGUGUAUGUCUCGCAAUCUCCAAUCGCUUCCGCCGUAGGUGCCGACGAGGAAGUUCGCGCUUCGGAUCCGUCGAGUUGGAAGUACGAUGUCAGUGGCCGAUAUGGACGAGGCAAUACCGAGAAGCAGAGUAGGCUCAAGAGGCAGAUCGAGGAAGAGCAGCUAAUGCGAGAGAUCGAGGCUCGCUUUGCUCCGCCUCCUGCUCGUCCGGCCAAGAGGCAGCCUGACGGAGACGACGAACACGACGAGGACAACGUUGACGGGGAGAGGAAGAAACGCGAAGCACCCGCAUUGCCCGUGUUGCCGAAUGGAACAGCUGACAUGAUCAAUGCAGCUUACUCGACCCUGGAUCAGCGAAAGAGGAUCGCCCAGCAAAAGCAGCAAGCCAUCGAUGCCAAGAGGCGGAAAUAUACUGGUGUCGUACAUCCGUCAGUCGGCAAAGGUGCUGCGGAAGCAGAAGCUGCAAAGCUCAAAUUCAUGAAUUUGGCGAGCACUAGCAACAAGCGGUCCAACACACUCCUCGGAGGAAUGCCCAUCGCGGGUCUCAAUCGACACGCUGCCGAUGCAGAGGCUUCUCCUCGGAGCAGCAGUGACUCGCGAAGCAAGCUUCUUUCGCUGGCUCAAAAAUCCUCGUCCAACUCGAACAGCAACAGCUCUUCAGAGCCAAGCUUGAGAAUCAAAAGGGCUCAUCGUCCCAAACUGCGUCUGCCAUCGGACGAAGUGGGUCGCGUCUCGAAGCUCAAAGUCGUUGGAGGAGAAUUGAUCAAUAUGGACGAUUUUGAAGAUGAUUGGGAGGACGACCUUGGCGACCUCGUUGUUCCACCGAGCGACGGAGCACCCAAACGCGAAGCUGAAAGCGAGACGAAUCUCAGCGAGCGCAUCAUGCAGCUUCAAUCACAGUCACAAGCUCGUCAGUCACACACCGUGAUUGAGCAAGAUGACGAUGACUCGGAUCUCGAGAUCAUCUAG